AUGUUUGACGACUAUGUCGAACAUGCUGUCGGAGACCAUUCUGCUCAUGUAGAGUCUGCUGCUCCAUUGCCUAAACUCCAGUAUGAAGGAUUCGAACCUUUGCCUUAUGAACCUGAUGAUGCGCGCGCCAGCAUAGAAGACGGUCGGGAUGUCGUAUCAGAAGCUAACGCGCCCGUUGCCCCUGUUUUUGAACUGGGCAGAGUUCAAUACGCUUUCCCCGCCCCGCUUGUCUCAUUUGUUGUCAGCUCUGACAUGCUCGCUAUGGGACUUGUAUCGAAUACCAUUGUUCUAAUUGAAUUGUCCCGAGCAGAUCAAGUAGUCAAGGUUCAAAUUCCUAGGAAACCCACUGAAAUGCUAAUCUACAAGCUUUUCAUGGAUCCAUCUGGCAAACAUAUAAUCAUAACCUCAGAGCAAGCGGAGAACUGGUACCUUCAUCGUUCAUGGAAAAAGCCACGACAGUUGAAAGGUUUCAAGAUGGUUAUUGAAAGCAUUGCUUGGAAUAAAGCAGCACUUCUAUCCUCGACUCACUCCACCUCAACCAGAGAAAUCUUGAUUGGCGCCAGAAGUGGAACGAUAUUUGAGGCUGUACUGGAUGCAGAAGAAGACUUCUUCAAAUCUCAUGAACGCUAUUUACAACCUGUAUUCUCCCUCCCAGAACGACACUCAAUCACUGGGAUCAGAUUUGAUUAUUUCCCUUCCGAUCCUAAGCAAGCCCUUGUUCUUGUGACAACACCAACACGUAUAUACCAAUUCUCUGGUACGGUUGAUAAGAAGGCAGAUGAUGCGGGGAGAGUGUUUAGUAGUUUGUUUGCAGCGUAUCGCGAAACAGCGCCAAUAAAUCCCGAUCAAGCCAUGUCUCUUCCUAAAAAGAUGGCCUGGAUGACUGGACCUGGGAUAUACCAUGGGACACUGAACUUUGAGACUGAGCCUGAAGACCACAUAGAUGCCGCUGCUCUUCUACCCUAUCCUACAUUCCCAAUGAAUGAAAACUCGGAAACCCCACUCUCUUUGAGCCUAACGGAAUUUCAUUUUCUUCUACUUUAUCAGGAUAAAGUAGUAGGUAUCUGCAAUCUCGACGAUACAAUAACAUACGAAGAGUCGCUACCGUUGAAGCCGAAUGAGGUGGUUCUAGGACUUUCGGCCGACCCAGUCCGCAGAACUUAUUGGGUUUAUACAAACCAAUCAUUGUUUGAACUCGUUAUUGGAAAUGAAGAUCGGGACGUGUGGAAAAUAUACCUUGAGAAAGGGCAGUUCGAAAUCGCCCUUCGAUACGCCAAAACUGCCCGCCAACGAGAUCAAAUCCUAUUUGCUCAGGCCAAUCAUCUAUUUUUGAAUGCUCAAUAUUUUCCAGCUGCACAAUGUUAUGCACAUUGUUCUGCCACAUUUGAAGAAGUUGCGUUGAAGUUUUUGGAUGUAGGAGAGCGCGAUUCCUUGCGGUCGUAUCUGAUAUCAAGGCUGGAACGCACACGGAAGACUGAUUUGACGCAACGGAUGAUACUUGCUACCUGGCUAGUUGAAUUUUAUCUCAGCAAAUGCAAUGAGUUGGAUGAUAUCGUUGCAUCCGAAUCGAUAUCGCAGGAUGUGAACAACCUACAAGCUGAAAGGCUAAUUGUAGAAGAAGAUUUGCGACAAUUUUUCGAGACGUACAAGAACAAUCUUGACAAAGAUACAGUGUAUGAAUUGAUACAGGGUCAUGGCCGCACCGAUAUGUAUAUAUUUUAUGCCACCACAAUCGGAGAUUUCGAGCGUGUCAUCGAGCAUUAUGUCAUGGAAGAAGAGUGGGUGAAAGCGAUUGAAGUUAUCAGCCGCCAGUCCAAUCUUGAACUUUAUUAUCGCUUCGGCCCUACGCUCAUGCACCAAGUCCCCAAAGAGACUGUUGACUCAUGGCUUCGUCAACCUUCUCUAAACCCUCUACGUUUGGUACCAUCCAUCCUUCAGCUUCAACACUCACUUCGAGAUCCGCUAUCACCGAAUCAUGCCAUCCGAUAUUUGAACCAUAUUAUUUUUGACCAGAACAACACUUCCCCGACAAUACAUAACCUUUUGAUCACCUUUUAUGCCUCCCCUCCUUCCUAUACACCGUCAGACGACGAUGGUCCAUUACUCCGCUUCCUUUCUACUGCUCCAUCGGAUCCGAUAACUGGGAAACCUUAUUAUGAUCUAGACUAUGCUCUUCGAUUAUGCAAGCUCUCUGGGCGAACGCAACCUUGUGUUCAUAUCUACUCUAAAAUGGGUCUUUGGGAAAAUAGUGUUGAUCUGGCGUUAGAAAAAGGAGAUCUGGAGCUUGCCAAAAUCAAUGCCGAUAUGCCUGAAGAUGACCCAUCUCUGAGGAAGAAGCUGUGGUUGAAAAUAGCGCGAUAUGUAGUCCAAGACAAGAAGGACAUCAAAUCUGCAAUGCGUUUUCUUGAAAAUGCGGAUUUGUUAAAGAUAGAAGAUAUUUUGCCUUUCUUCCCUGAUUUCGUAGUCAUCGACGAUUUCAAAGAAGAGAUUGCCCAUGCUUUGGAAGGGUAUUCUGCUCAGAUCGACGCGCUCAAGGCUGAAAUGGAUGAGGCUACACAGACAGCAGAAUCGAUCAAGCAAGACAUAGCAGCCCUAAAAAAUCGGUUUAUCACGAUUGAUGCAAAUGAGAAGUGUUCGAAUUGUUCCAACCUCCUCUUGUCCCGUCAAUUUUACGUGUUCCCCUGUCAUCACACUUUCCAUGCGGAUUGCUUGAUUGGUCUUGCCAAGGAAUACUUACCCCCUCAUGCCUUGCGACGAAUCAUUACCCUGCAAAAUGAACUGAUGAAAGACAGUCCCAGGACGAGGGGAAAUGUCAGCAAACCAUCCCUGAUGUUAACACAACCUCCAAAUGGACGCCAACCAAUGACACAACGAACAUUACUUUCCGCUAACUUUGGGCCGAUUGUAAGCCCACUACAAAAUGGGGCGAAGGCCGCAAACAUGUUGGGCCGCAGUGUAAUGUCGGCAGGAGAUAGACUAAGAGACCUCAUCAUACCCGACGCACUUGCUACCUUGGUAUCGUCGCCUAAUUGGUUGCCUGGCAUCGGAGGAAGUAAUCGGUUGGCGAGUGAAGAGAACACGCCAAGCCAUAAGAAAUUGGAAAGCAUAAGGGUAGAACUGGAAGAGCUGCUUUCCAGUAGCUGUCCAUUGUGUGAAGGCGUAGUUGCUGGGCUGGACAAACCUUUUAUAGCAGAGGGCGAAUUGGGCUCGUCUUGGACGUUGUAG